CGCAAAAUUACAUUGGGAAAAUGAUAAAAAAAUAAAACCCAGAAUAUAAUGGUCGCUAGAUGAUAUCUACUUUUAACCAAUGUUUUAGAUACCACACCUUAUUGGCCGAUCAGAGUGAAAAAACCGGAUACCAGUUACAGAUGGUUGAUGAUUAUACCGAUCUGAGCAUUUGAACAAAGGUCAAACUACGAUUUAAUACAAAGUACACUAUCACUAACUUUCUGGUAUAAAUCCAAUAUGAUCUGUCCCAUACACGAUCUGAAGUACAUCUGAAAAUCAUGAACCAAAUUUGCUUCUUCUUUUACCACUUCGGCUAGAUCCCAAGUGCUGAUCACAUCAGGAUAAAGUUUAGAAUAGGACAAAUCUUCACCCCCUUCCUUCAUAUAUUACAUCACCGCCAGCCUUUGUAAAGUUGCCUCUAACAUGAAAAAUCAUUGUGGGACUGGGAUUAUCCAUUCUUGACCCUACAGAUAAGUUUUCAACCAUAAAUUACACACCCACCAACUUAAAACAAUAAAGUAUUUAUAAGGGGAAAUUAAAGUAAAACUUUACCUACGGCUACAGGUGAGAACUAAAGCAAAAGAUGUCAAAUUACAAAAUCAAUAUUUAAACCCUAGGUUGUCGUUUCUACAAGUCAAAACAAUGAAUUUUAAAAGCAGCAGCUUACCUUAGGUUGUCGUCUUCUACAGCUUAGAAUGACAUAAUAGGGUUUAGGGUCCCACUAUGAUUUCUCGGAAAAGUCGGACGGACGGAAUGUGGCUAGGGCAGGAGAUAAUAAAUAUACGGAGGCUGAAUUUGCCGUCGUCGGGUGGACGACGACAAGGGGAUGGCGACAAUGGAAUCGGGAGGAAGAUGGGACGUGAACGGGAACGGGAACGGGAAUGGGGAUGCAAGCAGAUGGUUGAUUUCCCGAAAUCAAGCUGGAGAGAAACUGAAAAGGUUUAAGAUAAAGAGAGGGGCAUUUUCGACACUUCCCCUUCUAUUAGGUCGCCCAAACCGUGGUUUGAUCCCGGUUAACGGUUUUCAGCCGCUAAUUAUAACGGAGGGGCAUAUUUGAUGAUGGAUUUAUACUACAGGGGCAAGUUUGAUAAUAGAAAUAGUAAGGGGCAUGUUUGAUAAAAGUGCAUAGUAUAGAGACAUAUUAUACCUAUAACCCAAUAUUAUAUCAAAAUAACAUGUCAUACUUAAAUCCAACAUAUAGUGAAAAUUCAAACACACUUAUAUAACAUCAUUAUUCAAAUGUGCAACUUAAAAUUUGAAAGAUUGGGUUAGACAAAAAAGGGUAACAGGAAAUUAGACGCAUUUUUCAAAUUAAAGGAAAAACAAAGCGGGUCAACCCAAAGUUUGAAAAUAGGUCAAUAAAAAUGAGAAAGAAACAAAGCCUAAAUAAAAUUAAUAUUUUAAA